GAGCCCGCAGCAGAGGCCGGCCGGACAGACACCCGAAACUGCUUGCACAGUGAGCGGCCCGCCGAGUCCGCAGCAUGGGGCAGAUCGAGUGGGCCAUGUGGGCCAACGAGCAGGCGCUGGCGUCCGGCCUGAUCCUUAUCACCGGGGGCAUCGUGGCCACUGCCGGACAGUUCGCCCAGUGGUACUUUGGCGCCUACUCCAUCGCGGCGGGGGUGUUCAUCUGCCUGCUGGAGUACCCGCGGGGAAAGAGGAAAAAGGGCUCCACCAUGGAGCGAUGCGGACAGAAGUACAUGACUGCCGUGGUGAAGCUGUUCGGGCCGCUCACCAGGAAUUACUAUGUCCGGGCCAUCCUGCACCUUCUGCUGGCAGUGCCCGCGGGCUUCCUGCUGGCCACCAUCCUGGGAACCGCCUGCUUGGCCAUUGCAAGUGCCAUCUACCUGCUGGCAGCCAUCCGGGGUGAGCAGUGGACCCCCAUCGAGCCCCAGCCCAAGGAACGGCCACAGGUUGGAGGCACCAUCAAGCAGCCACCCAGCAACCCCCCGCCCCGGCCCCCAGCGGAGGCCCGCAAGAAGCCCAGCGAGGAGGAGGAGGGGGCGGUGGGGGGCCCGCAGGUCAACCCCAUCCCGGUGACCGACGAGGUUGUGUGACCUGCGCAAGCUUCUCCCCGGCGGUGCCGGCUCGCAUUCCCCGGGGCUGCCACCAGGGGGCGGCGGCACCUACCACAAUAAACAGACGACU